GCUGAAGUCUAGCUAGCUAGAUGCAUACUGUAUAUAAAGAUGGACGGAGCCUCCGUGACGUCACCCAUUGGUUUGCCAUAGGCCAAAAUGAAGCCAUGUGGUAUAUUAUUCCAAAUCUGAUUUGUAAAAAUGUUGGAAGUAUUGAAUUUUUGCUGAAGUGUGACUUCGAUCUAAACAGAAUUCCUGUUCAGUUAUGUAAUUUCCAUAGGCAAGUAUUUUUAGCAUGGAUGUUGACGUAUAAACAUCAUUUUUCUCCUCAUAAAUAUUUAAUUUGGAAUAAUAGAUAUAUCAAAAAUAAGAAUAAAUCUAUUUAUUAUGAUGGUUGGCUGAGACACGGUAUCCUAACGGUGAGACAAUUAUUAGAUAAAGAUGGAAACUUAAUGACAUACACAGAAUUUUUAAGAAAAUAUGGACUUCCAGUUACGCCCAAGGAAGUUGUUUUUGAUGCAAUUCCAGCGGGUAUUCUGAGACUGGGCCAAGGAUGUGACUCAGAUCGAGGUAUUAAGAUAUCAGCACCCAUGCUGGGACAUUUAACCUUGACUGAUAAGAAAUGUAACAACUUCUACAUUAGGAAUCAUUGUCAGGAAACCUCAAUUCCCUCUAUUAAAUCUUUCAGGGAGGAAAAAAUUCAAAUUCAAAUAUCAAAUGGAAGGUUGCGUGGACUAUCAAUAAAAAAUAUUGUGUCACCAAUAAGAAAUGAAGGCUAUUCCAUGCGAGAAAUUGCCAUUUCUUACAACGGUGUGUACUACUCUCUUCAGAGGAGAGCACAAACAGGCUCUAACCAGAGUAGAAAGAGAAGUGGGAGGCCCUGCUGCACAACUGAGCAAGAAGAUAAGUACAUUAGAGUCUCUAGUUUGAGAAAUAGACGCCUCACAGGUCCUCAACUGGCAGCUUCAUUAAACGCCAGUGUCUACAUCUACAUUGAAGAGGCGACUCCGGGAUGCUGGUCUUCAGGGCAGAGUGGCAAAGAAAAAGCCAUAUCUGAAACUGGCUAA